UGCCUGGCGUAAAGAGGAGAUUGCUGGACGCUAACAAGGCCAUUGUCUUCUAUUCAUUCCCUGGGCCUUCACAACAAUAGGCAUCUCGUAUCGCAUCAUAAAUCCCUGGAUUUCUUGUCGCCCACUUGCUACUGAUCAUCACGUCGUGGCUUGUAUGACGAGUUAGCUGGACGUCUUUCCCUCGUCGAUUGCGGAUUCGGGUAUCUCUAUCUGCUGAGCUGGUCUCGCAUCAAUUUCCAAGUCUUCAAGUUCGUCUGUUGACCAUAGAGUCUUCUUUCGUUUAUUUUCGUUGCUUCGGUUUAGGGAAGCCUCUUGGUAACCAUGAGUUACCUACUUUUCUGUCUGUCCCUGGUAGGACUUUCUUCCGCAACUGUUCUCGACAAGCGUGGUGGCGAUUGGGCGAUCUACGAGAUUGUCAACGAUGACCUCGCGCGCAUCUCGCUCAUGGUUCUCGGCCUUAUGGCAGCGUUCAUCUAUGUCUGGAAGAUGGGAUUCCGGAUCUCGCACCAUUUGCGACGAUUAGCAAGUUUCAAUAACUCAGGACAGCGCUACUUCAGAUCACCCCAUGAAACCCUCUCGUUUGUGAAAAACCAUGUCAUCUAUGCGCCAUUGCUUCGCACUCGCCAUAAUCGGGAAUUUCAGCUGUCACGCGCUGUCAACAUGGGCACCUUACCUAGUCGCUUUCAUGCCUUUAUCCUUAUCGGCAUCAUCGCCAUGAACGUGACCGUUUGCGUUGUGACUGUUCCUUACCAGAAGGAGGAGAAUUCUGUCGCCGGUGUCAUCCGAAACCGCACCGGCACCAUGGCCACAGUGAACAUGAUCCCUCUCGUGCUGCUGGCCGGCAGAAACAAUCCCCUGAUCAAACUGCUCGAGGUACCCUUCGACACUUACAAUCUGAUCCACCGCUGGCUUGCCCGGAUCGUCGUCUGUGAGACUCUUGCCCAUGUCUUCGCUUGGGCUAUUCCCAAGGCUCAGAAAAUCGGCUGGAGUGCCGUUGGGCAGGCUCUUGGACACAGCAAUUUCCUCCUGGUCGGCUUGAUUGCUACAUGUGCAUUUGUGGGUCUCGUGGUGCAUUCCCCCUCUCCCAUCCGCCACGCAUUCUAUGAAACUUUCCUCCACCUGCACAUUAUCAUGGCUGCGCUCUCCAUGGGCUUCCUGUGGGUUCAUCUUAAUGGGCUUCCGGCGCAGACAUACUUGCUCGUUGCCAUCAUUUUCUGGGCUCUCGAGCGAGCUUCGAGACUUGCCAUCCUUUUGUACCGCAACUGUGGCAGGAAAUCCACUACGGCCUUGGUGGAGGCCCUUCCUGGGGACGCCAUGAGAAUCACACUGAGGAUGGCGCGGCCUUGGACCUUCAAGCCGGGCCAGCACAUCUAUCUGUACAUUCCUACCGUUGGAUGGUGGUCUUCGCACCCGUUCUCCGUCGGUUGGAGCGAAGCGGAAGAGCUCGUUAGUGAUGAGAAGGGACUUCCCGUGACUCGGCAAGAUAUGUUCGGCAAAAAGCACACCAGCUUAUCCCUGCUGGUUCGUCGUCGGACCGGCUUUACUGACAAGCUGUUCCAACGGGCCCUGAGCUCUCCCAACAGUCAAGUCACGUUGCGAGCUUUCGCCGAGGGACCGUAUGGCAGUAUUCAUUCCAUGGACUCCUACGGUACAGUUGUUCUGUUUGCAGGCGGUGUUGGAAUCACCCACCAAGUACCAUUUGUGCGCCACCUGGUCCAGGGGUAUGCAGAGGGCACCGUUGCAGCACGUCGCGUGACUCUUGUCUGGAUCAUUCAAUCCCCAGAACACCUCGAGUGGAUUCGCCCAUGGAUGACCAGCAUCUUGGCCAUGGAUCGCCGCCGAGAGGUUCUGCGUAUCAUGUUGUUCGUCACCCGUCCCCGCAACACAAAAGAAAUCCAAAGCCCAAGCUCCACCGUUCAGAUGUUCCCCGGCCGACCAAACAUCGACACUCUUAUCGGAAUGGAGGUUGAAUCCCAAGUGGGUGCCAUGGGUGUGCUUGUUUGUGGAAAUGGUGGUCUUAGUGACGACGUCCGGCGAGUCUGCCGCAAGCGACAGAACCAAACGCAGGUCGACUACAUCGAGGAAAGUUUCACAUGGUAGAUACACAAAAUGGCUGAGUAGAGUCUCGUGUGUUCUGCCCGUUCCUUUUCUUACAUCUUCCGUUUCUACCUUCUCUGCAGACAUACGUGGGGAAUUCUUUUAGGGUAUAUACACACAAAAAAAAAUAUGUAUCUUCGUUCGUGGCUGGUUACUUUUAUUGGCGAUAGGGUGGUAUAUACGGUGUGGUUGUGUUUUUGACGUAGCAUUUUGUUUUUCAACUGCUCUUCUCAAUGUCAGUGUAGCCGUUCAUUAGACUCUAGAUCUGUGCCUUAGUUCCCGCUGUAACUUGCGCUUGCAGUGCAUGACUAGUGCUUACCUAUCUGCGAGCUUCCUCCGAAGGUGCUGGAACUGUUAUGCGGAACGAAGCUCUUGAUAAUUCCGCUGAUUACGUUGUGGGGAACUUAUCUUAUCACAAUCAGUCUUUAAUGAUUCCUUAGCUGCAGUAGCAGAAUUUACCUUAGAUAUUUAUUAACUC